UUUACGAACAAAGCCGUCAGAUGCGAGCGCGACGCGGCUGCGCAAGUGUCGACCGCCAUAUCGGUUGCUUACGAAAAGUUUUACCGCUAAAAUGACCGUUUUAUCACCGAAUAACACGUAGCAAUAGUUGAAUAAACAAAAUGAAGUGUUCGUGCUUACAUUUAGUUCCGUGAGUGUUGAUUAUUUUGUGCGAAAACGACAGUGAAGGAGUAAAACAAAUGUGUGUGAUCCAUGUGUGAAUGUUGUGCUACAAAAUGCGGUCGAGAAACUUUGUACCGGAUUAUGGGAUUAAACUGUUGUCCUUCAUCGUGGUACUCUCAGUACUGCUGACCAGGAUCGGGGGUGCUGAAGGUUUCGUAUCCUGCUCACCCUCGCCAUGUAAAAAUGGUGGAACCUGCCUCUCGACGCCGCAUGGAGAAUUCUUCUGCAACUGCACAUCCCGUUUCGCGGGCGAGUUCUGCCAACACCUGAACCCUUGCCACAGCGAGUCGAGCCCGCGCUGCCAGAACGGGGGCAGCUGCCGGGUGCGCUCGGGCGCGGGCGGCGGGCCCCCGUCCUUCGCCUGCGACUGUCCCCUGGGCUUCAGCGCCUCGCUCUGUGAGAUCAGGGUGCCGGCUGCGUGCGACUCGGCGCCAUGUUUGAACGGCGCGACUUGUCGGCUGACGUCGCUGGAUACGUUUGAGUGCGACUGCCCGCCUGGGUAUACUGGUGCGGAAUGUUCUCACGAGGACCACUGCGCUUCCCAACCCUGCCGCAACGGGGGCCGCUGCGUGGCCGACAACAGCACGGAGGCGGGCUACUCCUGCGCCUGCCCCCCCGGGUUCACGGGCCCGCGGUGCACGGAGGACGUCAUCGAGUGCUCCAGCGGGCCCGGCCCGUGCCACCACGGCCGCUGCUUCAACACGCACGGGUCCUACACGUGUGUCUGUGAACCUGGGUACACGGGGCGGGACUGUGACUCGGAGUACGUGCCGUGUGAGCCCAGCCCGUGCCUCCACGGCGGCCGCUGCACCCCGCUCGACCAGCUGCGCUAUGAGUGCGAUUGUCCUUCUGGUUACCGCGGCCAGAACUGCGAGAUCAACAUCGACGACUGCCCGGGCCACCUGUGCCAGAACGGCGCGACCUGCAUCGACGGGCUCAACUCCUAUACCUGCGAGUGCCCGCCCACCUUCGCCGGCAGUCUGUGCGAGACUGAUGUGGACGAGUGCGCGCUCAGGCCACUCGUCUGCCAGAACGGCGCCACCUGCACCAACUCGGUGGGCUCCUUCUCCUGCAUCUGCGUCAACGGCUGGACGGGCCCCGACUGCUCGGUGAACAUCGACGACUGCGCCGGCGCAGCCUGCUUCAACGGAGCCACGUGCAUCGACAGGGUUGGCGCGUUCUACUGCAGGUGCACGCCUGGGAAGACUGGUCUCCUCUGCCACCUGGACGACGCGUGCACGUCCAACCCGUGCCACGCGGACGCCAUCUGCGACACCAGCCCCAUCAACGGGUCCUACACCUGCUCCUGUGCCUCUGGGUACAAGGGGCUGGACUGCUCUGAGGAUAUUGACGAGUGUGAACAAGGAUCCCCUUGCGAGCACGACGGCAUCUGUGUCAACACCCCCGGCUCCUUCGCCUGCAACUGUUCCGUGGGCUUCACCGGGCCCCGAUGCGAGACCAAUGUCAACGAGUGCGAGAGCCAUCCGUGUAGGAACGACGGCUCUUGUCUUGAUGACCCUGGGACUUUCCGCUGUGUCUGCAUGCCUGGCUUCACCGGCACGCAAUGCGAGGUGGAGAUCGACGAGUGUGCCAACAACCCGUGCCUCAACGGCGGCGUCUGCCACGACCUCAUCAACGCCUUCAAGUGCACCUGCGUCAUUGGAUUCACGGGCGCUCGUUGCCAGGUGAACAUCGACGACUGCGCGUCCAGCCCGUGCCGCAACGGCGGGGUGUGCCACGACUCUAUUGCAGGGUAUACUUGCGAGUGUCCGCCGGGGUAUACAGGCAUGUCAUGCGAGACCAACAUCAACGACUGCCUGUCAGCCCCCUGCCACCGCGGCGAGUGCAUCGACGGAGACAACAGCUUCACCUGCAGCUGCCACCCCGGCUACACGGGCCGCCUGUGCCAGACGCAGAUCAACGAGUGCGAGUCCAACCCGUGCCAGUUCGGAGGGCACUGCGAGGACCUAGUCGACGGCUACCAGUGCCGCUGCAAGCCGGGCACGUCGGGCCGCAACUGCGAGAUCAACGUCAACGAGUGCUACUCGAACCCCUGCCGGAAUGGCGCCACGUGUGUCGACGGGAUUAAUAGGUAUACCUGUGAGUGCAUCCCAGGCUUCACGGGGCAGCACUGUGAGACCAACAUCAACGAGUGUCUGUCCAACCCCUGUGCUAAUGGGGGCAAGUGCAUCGACAGGAUAAACGGGUUCAGAUGCGAGUGCCCUCGAGGGUAUUAUGAUGCUCGCUGCCUAUCCGACGUGGACGAGUGCGCAUCCAACCCCUGCAUCAACGGGGGCUCCUGCGAGGACGGCGUCAACCAGUUCAUCUGCCACUGCCUCGGCGGCUACGGCGGCGCGCGGUGCGAGCGAGACCUGGACGAGUGUGCCUCCAACCCGUGCCAACAUGGCGGGACGUGUCAUGACAGGCUGAAUGCGUAUAAGUGCGACUGUGUUAGAGGGUUUACUGGUAUAAACUGCGAGACCAACAUCGACGACUGCCUGGGCUCCCCGUGCCUGCACGGCGGCUCGUGCAUCGACCUGGUGUCCGGCUACCGGUGCGUGUGCGCGCCGCCGCACUCGGGCCGCCACUGCGAGACCACGCUCGACCCCUGCAUGCCCAACCAAUGCCGCCACGGAGGGCGCUGCAUAGCCGAAGCCUCCUACGCGGAGUUCACCUGCCAGUGCCCGGCCGGCUGGACCGGGGCCCUGUGUGACCGCGAUGUGGACGAGUGUGCCGUCACCGCCCCCUGUCAUAAUGAGGCCACGUGUUUGAAUACUGACGGGUCGUACGCGUGUCUGUGUGCCAGGGGGUACGAGGGGAAGGAUUGCGCGAUUAAUACGGAUGAUUGCGCUUCUUUCCCCUGCCAGAACGGCGCAACCUGCCUCGACAGCGUGGGCGACUACAACUGCGUCUGCGCCAGCGGGUUCGCCGGCAAACACUGCGAGAUAGACGUGGACGAGUGCCAGUCGCGGCCCUGCAUGAACGGAGCUGUGUGCAACCAGUACGUGGCGUCCUACACCUGCACGUGCCCGCUCGGCUUCUCCGGCAUCAACUGUCAGACGAACGACGAGGACUGCACCGAGUCCAGCUGCAUGAACGGGGGCACGUGCGUCGACGGGGUCAACUCGUACAACUGCUCCUGUCCACCGGGCUACACGGGCUCCAACUGCCAAGUGCGCAUCAACAUGUGCGACAGCUCGCCCUGCGCGCACGGUUCGUGUCUGGACCACGGCACUCACUACACGUGUCACUGUGCGCACGGGUACACGGGGAAACGGUGCCGGCAGUAUGUGGACUGGUGUGAGAACAGUCCGUGCGAGAACGGCGCCACAUGCACGCAGAAGGGCCCGCACUACGCGUGCGCAUGCGCGCCGGGCUGGUCCGGCAAGCUGUGCGACGUGGAGAUGGUGUCUUGCAAGGACGCUUCUAUACGGAAAGGUGUAAAACUAAAGCAACUUUGCAACAACGGCACCUGCGAGGACAUCGGCAACUCGCACCGCUGCCACUGUCUCGACGGCUACACGGGCUCCUACUGCCAGAAGGAGAUCAACGAGUGCGACUCCGCUCCCUGCCAGAACGGGGCCGUCUGCCGGGACCUGGUGGGCACCUACCAGUGCCAGUGCGCCAAGGGAUUCCAGGGACAGAACUGUGAACUUAAUGUGAAUGAUUGCCUACCCAACCCGUGCCAAAACGGAGGAACUUGCCAUGAUCUGGUAGAUAAUUUUUCGUGCUCAUGCCCCUUCGGAACUCUUGGUAAAAUCUGCGAGAUAAAUGUCAAUGAUUGCAAGCAAGAUGCUUGUCAUAACAACGGCACGUGUGUGGAUAAAGUGGGAGGUUACGAGUGUAAGUGUCCCCCAGGGUUCGUCGGUCCGAGGUGUGAAGGAGAUAUUAAUGAGUGUCUGUCUAACCCGUGCUCUAGUUUUGGCACCCAGGACUGUGUGCAACUGAUCAAUGAUUACCACUGCAACUGCAAAACUGGGUUUAUGGGACGACAUUGCGAUGCUAAAGUGAACUUCUGUGCCAACUCUCCCUGUCAAAACGGUGGAAUCUGCACAGCAAUUCAAGGCGGACACGAGUGUCUAUGCGGGGAAGGCUACUAUGGAAAGAACUGUGAAUAUUCAGGCUAUGCUUGCGACUCCAACCCCUGCCAAAACGGCGGAUAUUGCCGAACAUCCGAAAUAGGAGGCUACGUCUGCGAUUGUCUCUCCGGUUUAUCUGGAAUCAACUGCGAAAUAGACUCGAUGAACGAGUGCCUGAGCAACCCGUGCAAGCACCCCGAGGCUCGCUGCAUUGACAAGCCUGGAGACUACGUCUGCUACUGCCCCCGACAAUGGACCGGCACCAACUGCGAAAUACACGACCCAUACUCGAAAGGAGGCUACGGAACCCCUGUCGGAAUCUACAAUACUAAGAAUAGCCCACCGAACUUCGAAGAAAUAGACUUGGCAUUCCAGAGAGAACAGUGCGUGAAACUCGGCUGCAAGGAGAAGCAGGCUGACCACCAUUGCGAUGAGGAAUGUAAUACCUACGCCUGUGAGUUUGACGGAAACGACUGCUCUCUCGGCAUCAACCCCUGGGCCAAUUGCACUGCUCCUAUUAAAUGCUGGGAGGUGUUCAUGAACGGAGAGUGCAAUGAAGUGUGCAACACGCAAGCCUGUCUCUUCGACGGUCGAGACUGCGAGAAGUCUCUCCAGCGCUGCAACCCGAUAUACGACGCGUAUUGCCAGAAGCACUACGCAAACGGACACUGUGACUAUGGAUGUAACAACGCGGAAUGUAACUGGGAUGGGUUAGACUGUGAACAUGAACCUCCGGACUUAGCUGAGGGCGUCAUGUCUGUUAUACUACUCAUGGACAUGAGGACUUUCAAGGACAGCUCUGUAGCCUUCCUCCGAGAUUUAGGCCACCAGCUACGGACCACCAUCAUCAUCAAGAAGGACCAUCUAGGCAACGACAUGGUCUUCCCGUGGAAAGGAAACGCGGACUUCGGACUACAAGACACGGAGUUCGGAAAGAAACACCACAUAGUGUUCACGGAGAGACGACAGACUGGUGUCCAGGUUUACUUGGAGAUUGACAACAGGAAGUGUACGAUGACGACUGGGUCAGAAUGCUUCUUCUCAGCUAGAGAAGCGGCUGAUUUCCUAGCCGCUACGGCCUCCAAGCAUUCUCUAUCACCAGACUUCCCGAUAUACCAGGUGAAGGGAGUCAACACGCCUGGAGAAGACGAGAUCCCGACCAACUCCAAAUACGUGUUCAUUGGAAUCAUCCUAGUAUUACUCGCUGGGUUGUUGAUCGGAGUUCUAGUGACCGCGCAAAGAAAGCGCGCUGCUGGCAUAACAUGGUUCCCAGAAGGUUUUAUCCGCAACAACUCGUCCACACGCCGUCGUUCGCGCCGCCGUGGGCCCGACGGGCAAGAGAUGAGGAACCUCAACAAAGGAGCCAUGGGCUGUAUCGACGUUGACAUCAACGGGGGGCACAUGGGGCCUCCCCAUUGGUCGGAUGAUGACGACGACGGCUCAGCCCCGCCUAGGGCUAAAAGACCCCGUGGCCCGGGCGACUCUAACGGCGCUCCGGGCGGUUAUGCAUCAGAUCAUACAGCUAUUACUGACUAUGAAGAGGCAGGACAUGACUCGAGGGUGUGGACUCAGCAGCAUCUGGAUGCGGCUGAUGUCAGAGUGCCGCCGAGUAUGAUGACUCCGCCGGCUAUUCACGACCCACAUACCGACGUGGACGCGCGCGGCCCGCUCGGCAUGACCCCGCUCAUGGUGGCGGCAGUCCGGGGCGGUGGGCUCGACCCCGGGUCUGAUGCUGAGGAUGAACAGACUGCUCAUAUUAUAUCGGAGCUGGUGGCUCAAGGAGCGCAACUGAAUGCCGCUAUGGACAAGACGGGAGAGACUUCGUUGCAUCUUGCUGCCAGAUACGCCCGAGCGGACGCAGCCAAACGCCUGCUAGACGCGGGGGCGGAUGCCAAUUCACAGGACAACACGGGGCGCACGCCCCUUCACGCGGCCGUCGCGGCAGAUGCCAUGGGCGUGUUCCAGAUACUGCUGAGGAAUAGAGCGACUAAUCUUAAUGCUAGGAUGCAUGACGGGACUACGCCGCUGAUUCUUGCUGCUAGGCUUGCAAUCGAGGGCAUGGUGGAAGACCUAAUAAACGCAGACGCUGACAUGAAUGCAGCCGACAACAGCGGCAAGACGGCGCUGCACUGGGCCGCGGCCGUGAACAAUGUGGACGCCGUCAGUGCCCUGUUACUGCACGGCGCUAAUAGAGAUGCGCAGGAUGAUAAGGACGAGACGCCCUUAUUCCUCGGCGCCCGCGAAGGCUCCUACGGCGCGUGCCGGGCGCUCCUAGACGCCAUGGCCAACCGCGAGAUCACAGACCACAUGGACCGCCUGCCGCGCGACGUGGCCCAAGAGAGGAUGCACGACGAUAUUGUGAGGCUGCUGGACGAGCACUGCCCGCGCCCGCCGCCGCAGCACCAUCAUCUCAUGUCAUCACCAAACCCUCACCCGCAGCUGAUCAGCCAGCCCACGGUGAUCUCGCAGACGAAGGGCAAGCCCAAGAAGCGCGCCAAGGCGGGCCCCGACUCCCCGCAGGACCCUUCCCCGUAUGACAACAAUAAUAUGCAGCAUGCGCAGAUACGACGGAAGCCGAGUGUAAAGAAGAACAACAAGAAGGUGGCGCAGGAGGUGCCGCAGAGCGUGGAGUCGCUCGCCUCCAGCCUCAGCCCGGGGGAGUCUCCGCUUCAAAAUUUACAGGAUCUUCCGUCUCCGUACUCGGCGACCUCCCUGUACUCGAACGCCAUGGCGCAGUUCGCGGGCAUGGACCACCUGCUCACCAAGCAGCCGCCCAGCUACGAGGACUGCGUUAAGACGGGCCAGUCCCUACAGCCGGUGUCGUACGGAGGCGGGGGCCACGCCACGCUGUCGCCGCCCUACUCCAACCACUCGCCCACACAUAGCAACCACACCACCUCGCCACACGCCUACAUAGGCUCCCCCUCUCCCGGCAAGUCCCGCCCGUCGCUGCCCACGUCGCCGGCGCACAUGGCGGCGCUGCGACACUCGCACUUGCACCAGCUGGAUGCCGCCGCCUACUCCGCGCUGCUUAGUAACAACGCGCAACAAAACGCGCAACGGCAGCAAGCGCUGUCGCACGCGGCGGCACUCGGACAGACGCACCACGCCGGCCUCACCAACAUCAUGUCCGGUCUAUACGGCAGUUGGGGCAUUGGCGACACGUUCCCGACGCCGUCGCCCGAGUCGCCCGACCAUUGGUCGACGCCCAGCCCGCAGACGCCGCUCACGCAAUCCCCGCACUCUGAUUGGUCAGACCGUGCUGCAUUAUCACCCAACGAUAUGCAGCAAACCAACAAAGGGGCCACAGAAGCCAUCUAUAUUUAACAAGGUUUUUAAGCAGUUUUCUGGUGCCGCUAGUUAAGGAUUUGGAGUUGCUACAGCCAAUCAGAAACUGGCUAUUGAUAGUUGAAUUAAUUUGACAGAUUCUGAUUGGCGAAUAGUGAGCUCCACUUCCUUUUGAUAAAGACUCGGUAUGCUAAAAUGUAACAAAGGUGCCACUUAAAACAAUCUUUACAGAUUGGUUAAUAUAAGUGCUUAGUGUCAUAGCGUAAGACUAUUGAAUUGAAGAUGAAAAGAAACAUGCUGGAAUGAUCAUAUUAUAAAAUGUAAAUGAAAGUAUCAGACGUUUUUUAUAAUAAAAUAAAUAAAUCUCAAUAGGUGCUGUAGUACCACAGAGUAUGAGACUGACUAUGCCAUGACUUGUUUUAUAACGCAUUAGGUUUCUGUCACGGAGAAAUCUUCGGGUGCUUCUAAUCUAAUGCACUUUUUCAACCACACAUUAUGUAGGUAAAAUUAUUGUGACACUGCAAAAUAAGUCAUCUUACCUAUAGAGGGUGAAAGAUUCCUUAAUUGUACUAUCAUAAAAUACACAUUCCCAUGAAAGUUUUAAUUGCAAAAGUUUUGUCUUUUUCUAACACAUAAGAUCUGAGAGAGAGAGACGUAUACUAUGCUCCUUGAAACCGUUAUAACCGGUUCAAUCCAGUUCCAGAAUUGUUGUUUGUUAAGUGUUUUUUUCUUGUUUAAAACUGUUUUAAUGAAGAUGAUUUUUGCUAUGAGAUUGUUUCGCGUUUUGUGACAUGAACAUAAAAUAUUUAUGUGUGAUUCUUAGUACGUAGACCUAUAAUGUAAUGUACGUGUAGUCUAUGUAGAUUUUUAUUUGUUUCUUAGGUUUAGGGCUUAAAUUAUAAAAAAAUGGACUUAUAUUGGUGACUGUUGACAGCAAUUAAAUAAACUAGUAUAAAAUUAUGAUACUUAUAUAAAGACCUUGUGACGUUGAUUUCUAUGGAUUUUUUGCUUCUUACGUAACAAAAGUUUGAUUAAAUGUCAAUAAUAUAACUGAGCAACAGGCAUCAAUUUAAGCCCUACUAGAGCUUAGGUCGUCUACAUAUCUUCCGAUAGUCUCAAUCAUUCCAUGGUUUGCUUCCAGUCUUUCUAAGCACUAAAUUUGAGGUGGCUUAACCUAAU